AUGCAUCCUUCUCCAACACCACCUGUUGCUCAAAGAUUCAUAUGCCUCGGCUCCGCACACACCUUGCACGUGGAUUGCGGCGAAGUCCCCGGGGACCCCCUCGACCCUGCCAAGCCUCGCAUCACCGGCCAAUCGUCCAACACUUUCCACUUUCCACGCAUCGCUGCCGACCGCCUGCUUUUUGAUCGCGGGAAAGAGACGGCGGACAAUAUGGCUUCAGCAUCGGGUCUGCUGCCUCUGGCUCUUGCUAUUGCGGCAAUUGUGGGCGGAUACAUCUUCUUUGGCGGCGGCAAUGGAACAGCAAAGUCAAAGGCCGCCGUACCACAGAAGUCUGCCUCGAAGUCGGGCGACGCUAAUAUCGUCCUUUCCAAGACUGAGUUCCGGGAAUUCCCUCUCAAGGAGAAGAUCGUCCUCACACACAACACCGCCGUCUACCGCUUCGGACUCCCCCGUCCCACCGACGUCCUCGGCCUCCCCAUCGGCCAACACAUUUCCCUCGAAGCCCACAUCGAGGGCAACGAGAAGCCGACCGUCCGAUCAUACACACCCACCACCUCUGACAACGACAAGGGCCAUUUCGACCUCCUCAUCAAGUCCUACCCAACCGGUAACAUUUCCAAGUAUGUCGCGAACCUCAAGAUUGGCGACAAGAUGCGAGUCCGGGGACCCAAGGGCGCCAUGGUCUACACCCCCAACAUGGUCCGCCGCUUUGGCAUGAUUGCAGGCGGCACCGGCAUCACCCCCAUGCUCCAAGUGAUCAAGGCCAUUCUGCGCGGCCGCGCCUCUGGCGACCGCACAGAAGUCGACCUCCUCUUUGCCAACGUCAACGCCGAGGACAUUCUGCUAAAGGACGAACUCGACGCCCUCGCCGCCCAGGACGACAAGUUUAGAGUGCACUACGUGCUCAACAACCCGCCCCCAGGUUGGACGGGCGCAACCGGCUUCGUCACCCAGGACUUGAUCGAGGAGAAGCUUCCGGCCCCGGCCCCAGACGUCAAGAUUCUCAUCUGUGGACCUCCGCCCAUGGUCAAGGCGAUGAAGGGCGCUACCGAGGCUUUGGGCUUCGACAAGGCAGGCCCCGUCAGUAAACUGCAGGACCAGGUAUUUUGCUUUUAG